UUUCAUGUUUGUUAUCGAGCAUUUAUAUGAUUUUGUAAAAAUAUUUCUUUUUUAAUAUAUUAUACGCUUUCUACGCUAUUUUAUAUCCGUUUAUUAUAAUGAGUGCUCCAAUCCCAACUGAUGGUCGGCAUCACAUAGAUAUAUGUCGUGCGGAACUUGCUUCGCUCAAAAAGAAAUAUGAGAAGCCCUAUAGACUGACCCGCUUCAUCGUGACAUUUUGUGAAGGUACCCUCACAUCGAUAGACAUGAAAAGCCUCAUAGAACUGGGCUUGAGUAUAGUGCGGUUCAAAAUGAGCUAUAUGUUUAAAAGCGACAGAGUUAAGAUGAUGUUGAUGCUCCAGACCGCCACUAGAUGGUGCUGUCAGAAAUAUGAAGUGAACAGCUGGCCCAUAGCUAUUUCUAUUGAUAUACCAAAUGCUUGUAUCAGGACUGGGUACAUUGAUGACGCUAUACCUGAACCCUACGUGAUCCUUAAAGAAGGUUCAAUAGUCGAAGUGACUAGUGACGUAAAAUUCUGGAACAAAUGUACAGCGCACAGGAUAUUCAUGGAUGAUCCAUACACUAUCAAAACGAUUAAGCGAGGAGCAGAAUUCACUCUUAACUUCGGACUGAUAGUGAUGUUCUGCACGGAAGUGAUUAAUGCAAAAACACUAAAAUGUAAAAUUGCAAGAGGAGGGGAGCUGAAAAGUUGUGUCUUUGUUUGUAUACGUGGAUGUAAAUUAACGAGGCCUCCGCUGACGAAGAAUGAUAUGGAAUUGUUGAGUUUUGCCAAGAAUUAUAAGCUAGACAUGGUAACACUGAAUUCUGUACGCAAUCCCAAAACAUUGGUGAAAUUGAAGGAUUUCUUUAAAGAUGCUCCCUAUAUGCCGUUGAUUAUCAGUUCGAUAUGCGAUCAAGAAGGUUUGGAUAAUAUUGAUGAAAUUAUAGAGAACUCGGAUGGAAUAAUCUUGGCCCGCGAAUUCCUUGCCUUCAACAUAGUUAACAUGUAUCAGAUGAUUUCUAUACAACUUAUGAUUGGUGCUAAAUGUCGCAAGAUGGGCAAACCUUUUUACCUAUCCGGCCAUAUAUUGGAACAGACAAUGCUCGAGGGCACAAUAUCUGGAUGUGAUUUGAACGAUAUAACAAACGCUGUAUUACAAGGAGCUGGGUUUGUACUACGCAGUUACUACGACCCCUCGAAUCUGAUUAAAACAAUGAAGAUACUAGACUCUGUGUGCCGUUGUGUGGAGCCUUUGUCGACGGACAACGACUUUAUGAGAAUAUCUAUGGAGUUCAAAAUGCCAGUGAACGCGGCGGAGGCUUGCAUCCUAUCCUGCGCGUUGUUGGCGCGACAGUCCAACUCACUGGUAGUAAUAGUGCCUACUGUAACAGGCAGGACUGCUAAACAGCUCACUAGGAUAGCACCACAGUCCAUCAUACUGACCGUCAGUUCAAAUCCGGUAGUAGCAAGACAGCUGCAAUUUUAUAGAGGGAUCAUCCCGAUCAUUUAUGAACAAAAACAAAGCAAAAACUGGCAAGAAGAAAUGGAUCGUAGAGUUCAGUUUGCAGUGUCCUACGGUCUUAGACAAGAUCUCCUGAAGUAUGGACAUACGUAUGUGGCGCUUAAGAAAUCAUCGCCCACUAGUUCCUACUGCGACCACCUCAGCGUGUGGCAUGUUAUGACCGAAGAGACGAAGAAACGGAAGAUCCAAUGUCCAGAUUUUGUUCCCCAUGAGAAAAUAUAUUAAUUAUUUUAAACAGACUAAUAAGUACAGAAUGUAUUACGUUUUAUAGUAGUUGUUUUAUUUACGUAUAUUUUUUAUAUUUAAUAUGUUCUUUAUUGCAUUAAAUAGU